UGUUGGGGUUAGAAAGUCAAGUUUCACAUGAUGAAUAUUAGUUCCCUUAUUUGCUGUUGAGCAGUUAUGUUUCUAAAGGAUUUCCUUGAAGUGCAUGUAGCACUUGCUGUAUUCAUUUUGUCCUGGUGUAUUGUCAAAAUAUCUAACAUGGCUGUGAGCUUAUGCUAUUCUUGCUCCAUGUUAAGUUGCAAAGCAAUGCCUCUUUCCAGGGAUUCUUUCUCCAUUUUAGCCAUCAGAUACAUAGAAUAUUCCUGACAGGAAGAAGACGAGAACAGAGUGAGUUUUGGUGAGCUUGUACUUCUUUCCAAUCUCACCGUGUUGGAUUCUUUUCUCGUUGUAUCUGUACUUCCGUGUAUCCUGUAAUUAGUGUUUACAGAAUAAGUCAGGUUGUGUUUUACAAUGUUGUUAAUUAGAUUAAAAAAAAACAUUAAUACUUAAUCAAUGUUCUCAGUCUAACAUAUUCACUGCCAAUCCUAUGUUGUUUCAUGCCGUAAUACUUUACCUUGAAGUUAGUCAAACCUGUUUUGAGAAAUGUCCUUGUUACAAAAUGACUGUUUUUCAAAGUGUGGUUUGAAAAAAUAAAAACCCAACAAAAAACAGCACCUUCACCAACAGGAACAAAAAAGUGUGCAUGUUCCAAAACUGUUCAACUACUGUAUGUAUUUAUUGUGAUUAAACUGAAAAUACCUUUCCCACUACACCACAGCACCAUCCACAGCCUUUUAAUGUCUUCUGAAAGCACACCAUACAGUUAAGUAAUGUCAUACUUUAUUCAAAGUAAAAAAAAAAAUCUUUUCUUCUGUAAGCAAAGCAGGUGUUACCGUCUGAGUUACGCAAACAAUGCGUGCAUUGACAUGUGAAGCAUCUCAAAAAGCUCCUCCCUUGUCCUAAGGGCAUCCUCUAAACACUAUGCUAUAUUUAAAGGUUCCUAAGGCAGGAUGAACUUGUCACUUGCUUUGUUCACACCUGUAACUUACAGCCUGCAAGUAUGGGAAAAGUUCAACCAGAGGAAAAAGAUACCAAAGAAAAGACAACUGAGUUUAGUUUAGUACGGGUCAAAAGUACAUGGAAGUGCCAACUGGGAAAAAAGAUCAAUAAGGACAGAGUUGACAGUGUCUCAGCUGCAAAAAUCUGUGAGAGUGUCACAGAGAAGGGUACGACCUGGACAGUUAUCAGUCCCAUUGUCUUUACUUACAAGGUAACUGAAACUCACGGCUUGCUGGACCCAGGCAACGACACCCUCCUUCUGGGCCACAUCAAUGACCCACAGCAGCUAGAGGACAUUAAAAAAUCAAACAAGCCAAUCAGACGCUUUGUGGUGGUUGACCAGGCAGUCUUUCAAAUCUAUGGCUCCAAACUAACUGAAUACUUAGAGGCCAACAAUGUCUCUUACAAGCUCUUGGCUCUACCCACCACUGAGGAGAAUAAAUCUAUGGAGACAGCCCUGAAGAUCUUAGAUGAGGUCAACAACUUCUCCCUUGACCGACGAACAGAGCCCAUCAUUGCCAUUGGUGGAGGCGUGUGCCUUGACAUAGUGGGCUUUGCUGCCUCACUCUACAGGAGGCGCACUCCUUACAUCAGAGUCCCAACCACACUGCUCUCCUACAUCGAUGCCAGCGUAGGGGCAAAGACAGGGGUUAACUUUGCAAACUGCAAGAAUAAGCUGGGUGCCUACAUUCCACCUGCUGCCACCUUCCUUGAUCUAUCAUUCAUACAGACUGUUUCCCGACGACAUAUCUCCAAUGGGCUGGCAGAGAUUUUAAAGAUGGCCUUGAUGAAGCACAGCGGCCUCUUCGAACUUCUCGAGAAACACGGCUCUAUGCUAUUGGACACUAAAUUCCAAAUUGAUAACAGUGUAUACGGGUGCAGCACCUUAAAGGCUGCAUCACAGGCAACUCACAUAGCUAUUAUGACCAUGUUGGAGGAGCUUGCCCCAAACCUUUGGGAGGAUGACCUCAACAGACUUGUGGACUUUGGCCAUCUUAUCAGUCCAGCAUUAGAGAUGAAAGUUCUCCCAUCUCUGCUUCACGGUGAGGCAGUGAACAUAGAUAUGUCCUAUAUGGUUUAUGUGUCCGAAGAGUGUGGUCUAUUGACAGAAGAAGAGAAGCAGAGGAUCAUCAGCUGCAUGGUGAGCCUGGAGCUUCCUGUCUGGCAUCAAGAGUUUACUAUGGACCUCAUACAGAAUUCUCUGCAGGACAGGCUGAAACAUUCUGGCGGCCUGGUCAGAAUGCCUCUCCCUGUUGGUCUCGGGGAAGCAGAAAUUUUUAAUAACACAUCAUAUGAGAUCCUGCACAGAGCUUACGAAAAAUGGUGCGAGGAACUGAGCGCCGCUUCUGAGAGCAGCUGUGACCCUUAAUAGUGUCAUCCUACAACCCCCUCAAUACUGUUUUUUUUUAUGUUUUGUUUUUACAUUUUUAAGUGUGUAGUAUUAUGUACUGUACUUUUAAAUAAUUCAUACUGGUAGGAGAAACUUGUUUAUAGCAUUGGUCUGCUGCAUUUUCAGAAACAGUCACAUUGUGGGAUAACUAUUUUUGUACUGAUAAUCAUAAAGCCUGUAGAAAUCGCCUAUAGCUGUCAGAAUUAUUGCUAGUGUUUGUUCCUAUUGUUAUUAUUGUCCUUGGUGUACUCAUUGUGCUGUGAUGACAAGUAAUGCAGUCGAAAAUAAUUUGUCAUGUAACGGCAGCAACAGCUAUGAAAUAAUAUAAGAAGCAGCUUACAGCUUGUGUUUGUUGCUUGUUAUGUCUGUCAAAUAUAUAAGCUCCAUUAAAGAUUUUUAAUUGGU